AUGACCUCUGAAAAAGAUCCACUUGUGAGUGAAAGAUCAGGCACUGUACGAGAAGUUGGUAAUCACGCUAUAUGGAGUUUAUCUUCCUGUAAACCAGGUUUUGGCAUAGAUCAACUUCGAGAUGAUUGUAUGGAUACAUACUGGCAAUCAGAUGGCCAGUUGCCCCACUUAGUUAAUAUUCAAUUCCAAAGAAAAACAAUGGUUUCUCAUAUUUACAUCUAUACAGAUUAUAAACUUGAUGAAAGCUAUACUCCCAGCAGAAUUUCUAUAAGAGCUGGAACACAUUUUAAUGAUUUACAAGAAAUAGAAGUUAUUGAAUUGAUAGAACCCAGUGGCUGGGAAAUGAUACCAAUAAAAGAUAUUCAUGAUAGACCAAUUAGAACUUAUAUGAUUCAAAUAGCAGUUUUAAGCAAUCACCAGAAUGGACGAGAUACACAUAUGAGGCAAAUAAAAAUACAUUCUCCUUGUGAACCUACAUCCUUUGAUAUAAACAAAUUUAGAAAUUUCUCAACUGUACAAUUUCAGCAGUAUGCAACAAUUCGA